AUGAGCUAUUACGGCAGCAGCUAUCCGAUUGUAAACGUGGACCCCAAAUACCCAGGCUACCCCCCAGAGCACAUCAUAGCUGAGAAGAGAAGAGCCAGAAGACGUCUGCUCCACAAAGAUGGCAGCUGUAAUGUGUACUUCAAGCACAUUUUUGGAGAAUGGGGGAGCUACGUGGUUGACAUUUUCACCACCCUCGUAGAUACCAAGUGGCGGCACAUGUUUGUGAUAUUUUCUUUAUCCUAUAUUCUCUCCUGGUUGAUAUUUGGCUCUAUCUUCUGGCUCAUUGCCUUUCAUCACGGUGAUCUGUUAAAUGAUCCAGACAUCACACCUUGUGUUGACAACGUCCAUUCCUUCACAGGGGCGUUUUUAUUCUCCCUGGAAACCCAGACCACCAUAGGUUACGGUUACCGCUGUGUCACUGAAGAAUGCUCUGUGGCCGUGCUCGCGGUGAUCCUUCAGUCCAUCUUGAGCUGCAUCAUAAAUACCUUCAUCAUUGGAGCCGCCUUAGCCAAAAUGGCAACCGCCCGAAAGAGAGCCCAAACCAUUCGGUUUAGCUAUUUUGCACUCAUAGGGAUGAGGGACGGGAAACUUUGCCUCAUGUGGCGCAUUGGUGACUUCCGACCAAACCACGUGGUAGAAGGCACGGUGAGAGCCCAGCUUCUCCGCUACACAGAAGACAGUGAAGGGCGGAUGACGAUGGCCUUUAAAGACCUAAAGUUGGUUAAUGAUCAGAUCAUUCUUGUCACACCAGUAACUAUUGUUCAUGAAAUUGACCAUGAGAGCCCUCUGUAUGCCCUUGACCGAAAAGCAGUGGCCAAAGAUAACUUUGAGAUUUUGGUGACAUUUAUCUAUACUGGUGAUUCCACGGGGACUUCCCACCAAUCCAGAAGUUCCUACGUUCCCCGAGAAAUUCUCUGGGGCCACAGGUUCAAUGACGUCCUGGAAGUUAAGAGAAAGUAUUACAAGGUGAACUGCUUACAGUUUGAGGGGAGCGUGGAAGUCUAUGCCCCCUUCUGCAGUGCCAAACAACUGGACUGGAAAGACCAGCAGCUCCACAACAUGGAAAAAACCCCUCCGGUCCGAGGACCCGGCCCGUCAGAUACCAAGGUCAGAAGAAGGUCAUUUAGCGCGGUUGCCAUUGUCAGCAGUUGUGAAAACCCGGAGGAGACCACCACCUCGGCCACGGAUGAGUGUAAGGAAGCACCUUAUCAGAAAGCUGUCUUGACUUUAAAUAGAAUCUCUGUAGAAUCCCAAAUGUAG